UAAUGCAAUGACAGGACUCCAUCGACAUCGUAAUUGCCAACCAGUACAUCUCGUCACGUCUGGGGUCAGGUAAGGACAACGUGAAGUUUUGUGGUGAUUUUAGCUUCAACGAAGUUCUGUGUCAAUGCUGGGAUCAAUAUGUUAGAACUCACGGCGAUGAGUUCGGUUGUUUAACGUCAUCACCAGCUGCAAAAAAGAUGCGUUUAUUAUUGCUCCCACAGCCUGUUGAACACGACAACCACGUUUUAGUAAUCCUGGUGGGUUAAGUAGCGCUAAAAGGGGAAUGGUAUAGGCCUAGGCCUAUUCGACAUGGAGACGCGCAACGAGGCAGACAGAUCACCCAACUGUGAAACCGAGCCACUGGUGAAAAAGGCUGCGUUAACGUUGUCUGGAAGAGAGAGGGCGAUGAGUCGAUGGGUGACGGUCGAGCCCGUACUCUUCCUGGCUUCCGCCAGCUCCAUCGUGACGAGUAUCCUGCGCAUCCAGUACGUAUUGGUGAGAGUGCAAGAGUCGUACAACUACACCGUUCACAAAGACUCACCUUGUCGAGACCGGAAUCAGACUGCCAACUCCACGGAUGACGACACUGAGGCACAGAUCCAGGCGGACGCAGCUCAUUGGAUGUUGCUCUUCAACCUCGUCGGAGCUUUUCCAGGCUUCGUGUCUGCCAUCAUCCUCGGAGCCUUGUCCGACCGGUUCGGCCGCAAGAUGUUCCUCGCCCUCUCCACCUUUGGCAGUGUCGCGUUCGCCGGCGUCUGUACGGCCGUCAUGGUCUUCAACCUUCCUCUGGAGGUAUUUUUCGCCGGUGAUCUUGCCAUGGGCCUGACAGGAGGCCUGACGCUGAUGCUCGCAAUAUCCUUCUCCUACAUCGCAGACGUCACCUCCAAGGAGGAGCGCACUUUUAGGCUAGUUGUGAUCGAGACGGUCUUCGUCUUUGCUGGACUUAUACAGAUCGGCAUGGAAUAUCUCAAUGAAGCUCUUGGCUUUGCAACAGCGGCUGGAAUCGCGACAACUCUCGGUGUCCUUGCCGGUGUCUACUUGAUGAUACCCGGUGCUCUGAUCGAAACGAUCCAGAUGAACAGUCAGCAAUCGGAUGGCCAGAAACAGAAACUUACACAAAGUCUACGGAACAUCAGACGAUUGUUAUACCUCAAGGGAGGCGCCGUGCGCACCUGUUGCUUGCUUCUCAUCUACGCUACCUGUUUUUCGUUGACACCUUUGGUAUCGUCAGGCCAGGUUCGAAUCUUGUAUGCUCAAGCCGAACCCUUCUGUUGGUCAUCGAUGACUAUCGGAUAUUACACCGCGUUUGCAUGUGGUAUCCCGUUAAUUGGUAACAUUGGAGGCUUCAAGUUGUUGACAAGAUGUUUCAGUGACCAUUGGAUCUUCCAAAUCAGUUGCAUCAGUGCUAUCAUGGCGUUUGCGGCUAUGGGGCUCGUCAGAACAUCGACACUAUUUUUCUUGGCGCUAAUCCUCACAGUGUUUGCAGGACUGUGUUUCCCUGUUAUCAGAGGUUCGCUUUCCAAACUGGUCCGGGCAGACGAACAAGGUGUUGCCUUUUCAUUCUUCGCCUGUGUUGAGAACUUCGGCACGUACAUUUCUCCAAUUGUCAUUAACGCGGUCUACAUGGCUACCGUGGCAUUCCAACCAACGUUUGUGUAUUUCUUGAUAGCAGGAGUCACGUUUAUUCCAUCUAUAUUAGUCGCGCUUUUUCACGUCAUCAACAAACGGUACAGCGAUUCUCAUCACGUGGCACCCAACCUUUAGAGGACUUGCAGACAGCGAGUUAAAUCUUGAAACUGGGAAGUAAACUCGGAGAAAGUAAAAUGUACUCAAUCCUUUUAUUCUAAAGGCAAACUAUAAAAAGAUUGAAGCGGCUGUACUUAUCGAAAAUGUUGGAGAGGUGUUUUUUUUAUUUACCGAGUUAGCGAGGUACUCGAAGAAAUGUUGAAUUUUAAGGCAUAUUUUAUUUUGCUUUAAUUAAUUCCAUUAAUGUUUGUUUUGUAUUUAUAUGUUAAAUUAUGCUAUUCUGUAUUCCUGAUUAACUUCUUGUUCUUCGUAUCUGCGGGAUGUCAAGAGAAUGGAAAAGAAUUGGCAGUUCUGUUCAUAUUAUACACUGCGAUAAAAACUCUUCAGGUGAAAGUCUUCAUUUAGUUUUCUGUAGGGUUUAACAUUCCGAUGUUAUUGCUGCAGCAGUCCAUUUUUACAUGCUAUUUUUUUUCUUUCAAAAGUGGAGAACAAUUUUCCACAAAUUUCAAUUAAACAAGAGAGCAAAAAAGACCUGGGGGUGAUUCAGAAAGAAAAGGGAAUUUAGUAAUUUGCUUAAAUUUGUAUUUUAUUGUUUAUGACAUCACACAAUAUUAAAAUGACAAAACAGUCAGCCUUCAAAAUAUGAUAUUUUGGUUCUAAACAAUUUGGGGUACUCCUCAUGCACAAUAUAUUUAGGGUUAAUGAAAUUAUUUAGUAUCAACUAUAACCAAAAAGUAAAACAAUCAAUCAGCCUCUAAAAUCUAACAUCUUCGGGAAGCAAACACUUUGUGGUUAUUCCUCAUGCAUGACAAUUAGGGUUAAUAACAUUACAUAAACAACAACAAAGUGAUUAAAACAUACAAAGGUAAAAAUCCCUUAGAGUGCAUUUGAACUUUAUAUAUGAAACCCUUGGGUUCAUUCUCGGAUUACAAAGGUCCUAUUUAACCAAUAAAGUGCUGAACAGUCAGAGAUUUGGAACAAAAACUGUUAACAAGGUGUUUCAAUACUUUUUUGUUGCUUUUAAUGAAACUUUUUUUCAAAGACACGAAAGCUGGAUUAAUUUGUUUAGAAAUAUAACAGAAAGGUUGGCAUUAAACCUGAGACGUUCAAGAAACCCAACUUACCCUGCAUGGUCUGGUCUGCAUUGAAUUCCCUGAAAUGAACAUUCAUGUUACACAUAUGAAAGAGGAAUACAUUUCUUUAAAAAUGUAUUUUAAAAAUGAGCUUCAUAGGCAUUGAAUACAUCUUAAAAUGGAAACAAUAAAAUAAAAACAACUAUACAGUGGUUAUAAGCUAUUAACUACAAUAAAGGUAUUUGGGCCUGUUAACAAUACCCAGGCACUUACUUAAUACUAGAACUCUGAGUGAUUGCAGUGAAAACUGUGAUAAAUAGAAGGACUAUCUCCUACAAAAUCUUAGACACACACUUAGUCUAUGGAUCAAUUGCACACGGUGAAAUAUUUGCAAGCAAAACUGCAAAACUUCAAAGUUCAAAACUGAGUGCAAAACUUAAAAGAAAAAUCAUGCAUACAUUAUCAAAACUUUGAAAGAAAAGUCGAAGCAAUGAAAGUGUGUUAGAAACAUUUUCAUUCAACUGCACAUUUUUCUUUGGUUAAUGAAAGCUAUCUCAUAUCUACUAUAUUAAGUUAAAUGAAUUUAAAUUGCAUUUAACAUGUAAUUUGAAAAUAACCAUGCUUCCCUUGACAACUAACGGCGCUGUUGCUGUGCUGUCGUCCAGGGAAGACACAGUUCAGUGCACCCAACCUUACACAGCUAUACUUGUGGGUUAUUCCCUUUGUUCUCGUGUACAAAACUCCCGCACAACACGCACACAUUUUCACAUCACUCCCAUUUGAAUUUUGCAAAACAGACAGAUUUUCUCUUUUCCAACCAAACGCCACGGCUGCUCAAGCAAAAGUGACCGGGGG